AUGAGAUUGGAGCAUAGUUGUGAGAUUACUUAUUGGCACGCUUGGGAAGCUCGUGAGUUUGCUAUUGCAGCUGCUAGAGGUAUACCGGAUCGCAGUUAUGCUAAAAUACCAGCAUAUUUGCAUAUGAUUAAAGUAGCUAAUCCUGGUAUGCAUACUCACUAUGAAACUAAUGAGAAGGGAAGAUUCAUGUAUCUAUUUAUGUCAUUUGGGCAAUCAGUUAGAGGAUUCUACAAUGCAAUACGAAGGGUGAUUGUUGUUGAUGGAACCUUUCUGAAAAAUAAAUACAGAGGAGUUCUACUUGUUGCUAAUGCUGUAGAUGAUAGAAAUGCAUCUAUUUCUAAAGCAAUUGGGACUGACUACCCUCAAUCAGCACAUGGAAUUUUCGUUCAUCACUUGUUGACCAAUGUGGUUGCAUUUUUCAAGACAAAGGGGUUGACUGCCUUGGUGGAAAAGGCUUCACGGGCAUAUAGGUACACUGAAUUUCAGGAACGUAUCACCGAAAUUUUUGAAAUGAGUCCUGAGCUGGUGAGCUCUAAGUAUCUUGAUCCUUUAACCACUACGGCGGAGAAAAAGAUUGAUAGGAGAAUUGUGAAGGCAAAAGGGUUUCAAGUCUACAAGGUUGACGACUUCAUAUCGCUUGUGAAAGGAGACAUAUAUGAUUGUCAUGUUGAUUUGGAAAGAAGAACAUGCACAUGUGGAAAGUACAAUAUAGGUAAAAUUCCUUGUCGACACGCCAUUCCUGCCAUUUAUUCACGAGGCAUGGAAGUGCACAGAUUUACUGACGGUUUAUACACCACUGCAGCGUGGAGAAUCGCCUAUGCGAACUCAAUUAAUCCAAUGGCAGUUCUUGAGUGUGAAUGGAAUGUUCCUGCUGAGGAUAAACUUGCUAAGGUUUUACCACCAGAGACAAGAAAGAGUGCUGGUCGACCAAUAGAGAAAGUAUGA